AUUCGAACGCGCAGAAUCCGAUUUUAAACAAAUUCAUACGUUAUAUUUUGUGCGUGAAAAUUAAGUACACUUGUGUUUCCAUACAUAUAGAUAAGUAUAGCUCUGAUAUAUCGACAUUUAUUCGUAUUAUUAUAAACAAAGUUUCCGACAGUAAGUAACGUGGUAACGUAAAUACCGAAAUAAUGAAGUUCUUACAGCUUUUAUUAUUGUUUUCUUUCGUGAUGGCGAUAACUGUGGGGGUUGAUUCGAGAAUUCGAGGUAUUAAGAGUGGAGGUGGCGGUGCGAUCCGUGUAGGUGGAUCUCGCACUGGAAGCUCCUCAAGAUCAGGAUCGUCUGGAACCUCUGUUGGAACAGGAAACUCAAGGAGUACUUCGGGAAAUUCGGGUUCAGAUGCUGUACAGAUACAGUCAAAUACAGGGAACCACGGUUCAACUUCUGAUGUGCAUACACAGACCAAUGGAGGUAACCGAGUAGGUUCAACUUCAAACGUACAGACACAAACCAAUGUUGGGAGCAAAGGUUCAACUGCAGAUGUACAGACACAGACCAAUGUAGGGAGCAAAGUUUCAACUGCAGAUGCACAGACACAAACCAAUAUAGGCAAACAAGGAGGUCUCGACACUGUUGUACAAAAUUCGGGUAGCACCAAUCAGCAAAUCGGCGGCGGUAGUUUAUCCAACACCAACACCAAUACUGGAUUUGGACUUGGCCAAACUGGUGGCUUAACAUCAGGACAACAAACUGGACUGGGAGUUGCUGGAUUAGGUUACAUGAAUACGCAUGGACAUAGCAAUUAUAAUAAUAGAAACAGAAUCGAUCAGAAAAAAUCCAACGGUACUGACACCAGCAACAGCACCAGUACUAGUACCAGUACCAGCACAACAGCAAAACCUAAAUGAGUUACCAAUGUUAAAUUUAAUUAGUAAAUUAAUAAUUUUUCAAAAUUUAUUUAAAUUUUAUAGGAUAAGCUGUUUCAUUUGUAAUGAACCAAUAGAUAGAUUAUUAAAAAAAUUCGAGAAAUCGUCAA